CUAGAUGCCUCUAUUUUUUUUCUGUUUCGUCCAUGGACAGAGAAGGAGAAGAACGUUCAUCCGUGGCGAUUGGACAUUCAUCCGGAUUCCACCGUUGAUUUUUUGAUCUGUUUUGGGUGAAAUCUUGGUUGUUGUUUGAUCACUAUGUGAACGUGCUUUGAUUUGGCACUGCGAGUUGGCAUGCUUGCUGUGUUUUGGCGCUUGAUAAUGAGAAAUUAGGGUUUUUUUUUCAUGGAUCAGGAAGUGGCAAGGUUCACGUUCCCAGAGCUAUUUAGCUCUCUUCCGAAAUGCGUCUAUUCUUCAUCUACCAGUGAAGAUUCACAAUCACCAACCGACGAUGAGUUUCCAUUGUUUGGAUUCGAAUUUUUUGACUCUGCGCAAAUAGAGAAGAGCCUCAUCAAAUCAAUCUGGAGGGAUGACAGAGCUCAGUUUCUAACUCAAUCAAAGCGACUCUUUCAGAACCCUGAGAAUCGAGAGAGCUUGGAAGACGACGAAAACAGAGACUCACCAGAACUACUGGACCGAAGCAUUGUUGCAAAGCUUCUGCAGUGGUGUUGCAGGUUUGAUUCAGUGGACUGCGCCACAGCUUUGCUAAAUGGAGCGGUUGGAAUGUUGCCUCGCAUCAACGAAAUGGAUGAAAACGGACGAACGGCACUGCAUACGGCGGCGGAGGCUCACGCGGCCAGAUGCGUCGAGCUUCUCCUACGCAAACGCGCUCGUACGGACCUCAAGUCCAAGGACGGUUGCUCACAGCUUGCUCUGGAGCUGUCUCUGUCUAGCAGAAGGAUGGAUGUACUGUGGAAUCCAGAUGACGCCAUUGAAGACUUGAUCGUUCUGCUUCGUGAAAAGGACCUAACGGCGGUAAAAUUUCUGACGGAGAAAACAAAAGAUAUCGCGGAAGUCGCUUACGUGACCGCCAUGGAGGGGCGUGUGAUUGCGUUAGCUGCUCUGCUAGUGGUUGCCGCAGACAAGGUUAACGCUUCGAUACUGGUGUUGCAAAGCGACGGGGACUUGAGUUCCAAGGAGAAGACCAGCAUUUACGAAUGCGUGGUUAAAGAGGCCUUAUCUCUGGGCCGGACGGAGACCUCAUCGUCGACCACAUGCAAAUGGAAAAGCGAGGAAGUGGAGAAGAGGGCACUCCUGCUAUGCGAGAUGGAGCUGCUUCAGCUCUUCGGAGCUGUAGCUCACAACAGUUGUACGGAAAGGAAGGUGACGUCACCUCUCAUUCGUGCAGCCCAGGCUGGAGAUGAAGCUGUAAUCAAUUUACUUCUUAAGACGAGUAUAGAAGUUGACGACACAGAUGCAGAAGGAAACUCUGCUCUUCAAUGUUCCCUUAAGACGUCCAUGGCCUCAGUUGCUAAGCAGAUAAGAAUUGUAUGGCUCCUUCUAAAGCAUGGUGCUCGAGUGAGCCACAGAAAUAAAUUGGGGCUAAAUGCAAUCCAUAUUGCUGCCGCAAAUGGUACUUCAGAGGCCCUCCAUUUGCUUCUACUGGAAGAGCCAGACGGUGUGAAUGCAACAACUGAAAUGAAAGAAACCCCACUAUUUUUUGCAGUAAAGAACAAUUAUAUGGACUGUGCUGAGCUUCUUUUGCGCUGGGGAGCAAAUAGCCAAGUCCUCAACUUACGUAGACAAAGACCUAUUGACUUGGCAAAGUCGCAAGAGAUGCGGUUCAUGCUAAGUCCAACCAAUAUUGGCCUUAGGCACCGAGCUUUCCCCAUGCAACGGAAAUUUACUACUUACUUCCAUAACCAUGAGAUGAUUUCAGAAACCUGUGAGUCACUCCCAAACGUGACAGAAGAAGGCACCCUUCCUGAGAGCUCUAGAACUUGCUCGAUCGCAAAGACAGGAAUCUGCAGAUACUUUGAAUCUCCAGGAGGUUGUGUGCGAGGGGCUAAGUGCUUCUAUGCACAUGGGGAAGAUGAGCUUCGGCGGCUGAAGCAGGGAACAAGGACACAGCACUCAAGUACAAUUGAGGAGCUUAAAAGGAAAAUUUUUGUAGGAGGCCUGCCCUCUUCACUGGACACUGCAGACUCAUUGGCUAAGAUUUUUGAAGAACAAUUUGGUUCAGUAGAAGAAGCCAUAGUCAUGGGUGAUCAAAUGGGCGACCAAAUACACUCUCGAGGAUUUGGUUUCGUCAUCUUUAAACAUGAGAAAUCCGCCUCAGAUGCUGUUCAAGCGCACUACAUUACCAUUAUGGGCAAGCAAGUUGAGAUAAAAAGUGCUGUUCCAAAAUGCAUAUUAUUUGCAGAGCUCCAAACACUACCACCUCAACAAGAAGAUCAGGAACAAGGACAAAUUAUUCAGUUUCAGCCACAAGCAGCAACACCAUAUGAGAAGAAUACUGAUGAUGGUGAACCUAGGCAGAUGUCUUGGGUUGAUAAAUUACUCCAGAAUCCGCCAAAUACAUGUUUCAGUGAACCUCAGAUUCUUCUUAAUUCUACAACUCCAAACCAAAGCAUGCCUAAAUGGGUCAGAAUUUUCAAGAGGUGGCUUCCCAGCUUCUUAAAUGAUGUAUCAAAGCGUCUUAAGGAGGGAGAGUGGUACCCCCUCUCUUCUCUAAAAGCUGAUUUUAGGGCUACAUGUGGCCAAGAACUGGAUCACACCUCUCUGGGCUAUCCCAAGCUUAGUGACUUCAUGAGAUCUUUCCCUGGCCUAUGUCGCAUGAAGAUUGUCCCUGUAGGUGGACGAGGACCUGCCACUCACAUGGUCCUCCAGCCUAACCAUCAGCAACAGACCCAACUACUUCCAAUGCGGUGUUUUUCUCCCACCCCUUCACCCCUUGAUGACUAUGAUGAUGGUGGUUCCUUUGAUUUGAAGUCUCUUGGUGAAUUUCUACCAGUUUCUUAUGAUAAUGCUGGCUCCCUUGGUGGCAGCUUUGAGGAUGGGGACUCACUCCAUGGGACUCUUGAAGAGAGUCCUGCUCACAAGGAUGCAAAACAUGGUGUCCACCCAUGGUUCUUGGAAUUUUUAAAGCCAGAUACACUCCAGGGUCAACCAUGGUUUAGGAAUGAAAAUGCAGCUGCAGGAGAUGAUUAUAAAAGCAAGGAGCUCAGGCAACAAAAAAGGCACCUGGUUCUAGAGGCCCUUGCAAGAGAAAAAAACAACACCUCUGUCUUCUUCUUGCGUGAGUUUGAUUUUUAUGAGAAUUACAAGUCAAGUGUGGCUCAGGGAAAGUGCUUUGCAUGCAAUAGAAGUGAAAUGUUCUGGGCUAAUUUUCCGUGCAAACACUUGCUGUGGUGCGGCAACUGUAAGAUACAUGCUAUUCAGGCAGCCAGCAUUUUGGAGCACAAAUGCGUGGUGUGUGAUGCUCAAGUGCAGAAUAUUGGUCCACUCCCAUGGACUGAGAAAUAUCAGCAAAUCUGUGAUGUCCCCAACAACGACUUCCCUCCUUUCGACCCUAACCCUAUAAGAAUGUACGCCCAUUCCAUGCCUACAUUUUCCCACAAGUUCCCUGCAGGAAGAAAUGUCCUUUGCUUAGUACCUGAUGAACUAAUUGCAGUCGGAGUUUCUCUAUGCAUAACUAAAAUCGCAGGAACUUCUCACCCUUUCCAGAAUUCAUACUGGUAUUCCUUUUUUUUCUUUUUUAAGUGAGAAUAAAUGCCUGGCACUGUAAGUAUCCUUGCCCCAGACCCUUGUUUGCUCUGGCACCAAUUUCUUUGCUUCUUCUGUCACUUCGCAGUAAAGAAAAUUCGGAUGUAGAUUGGGCGUGUGAAGUCCUCCAGUGUUGGUACUGUGAAAUUCUCUAGUAACUUUGUCCUCCAGAUGAGGCUUUUGAUAAUCAUUGUUUGACUAAACACCAGUGAAAGUUUUCAAAAAACUCUAUUAAACAAACCCAUGUUGAACACUAAGAGAAUGUGAUUCUUGUGCCGAACUCUGCACGGUAUCAUUCCUUUUGCCGAACUCUGCAGCCAUCAUUAUCCUGUAUCUAGUCCAGCCCAAAAGAAAUACCAAUCAUAUUCAUAUAUAACAAGGGAAUACAAGUAAAGGGUAAGAAA